CGGUACAUCAGCACGGAGCUGGGGAUGCGGCAGCGACUCUUCGUGGGUUUGCUGACCUCCCAGAGACGCUGGCAGUGGCUGUCAACCGCACGCUGGCCCACCGCCUGGAGCGCGUGGUGUACUUCACAGGCAUGCGGGGCCGCAAGGUGCCCCACGGCAUGACAGUGGUCACGCACGGCGACGAGCGGCCCAUCUGGAACACAUACCAGACCGUCAGGUACCUAGUGGACCACUACGUGAACGACUUCGACUGGUUCUUCCUGGUGCAGGACGAUACCUACACGGAGGCGCACCGCAUUGGCCACCUGGUUGCCCACCUCAGCAUUGACACCCACCUCUACCUGGGCCGUCCUGAGGAGUUCAUAGGCGGGGACACCGAGGGACGCUACUGCUACGGGGGGUUUGGCUACCUCCUGUCCCGCAGCCUCCUUCUGCUCCUGCAACAACACCUGGACAGCUGUCACAACGACAUCCUCAGUGCCCGGCCGGACGAGUGGCUGGGCCGCUGCAUCAUCGACUACACAGGUGUCAACUGUGUGGACGAGCACGAGGGCCUACGCUACCACUAUUUUGAGCUGGAGAAGAACACAGACCCUGAGUGGAAGACUGACUUCCGUUUCCAGAGCGCCUUCACUGUCCAUCCCGUCCUGGAUCCCCUCCAGAUGUACCGGCUGCACAAGUACUUUGCGCAGGUGGAGCUUGAGAGGACAUACCAGGAGAUUCAGCAGCUCCAGCUGGAGAUCCAGAACGCCAGCAGCCUGUCCGCUGACGGGGACCACAGCGCCACGUGGCCCAUUGGCAUCCCACCCCCUUUCGAGCCCAAAACCCGCUUUGAGGUGCUGAACUGGGACUACUUCACGGAGGAGCAGGUCUGUGGCUGCUUGGACGGCUCCCCCAAGUGUGAGCUACACGGCGCGGAUCUGCAAGUCCGCAAGCAGCAGCUGUUGAAUGGGUACCGGCGCUUCGACCCCACGCGUGGCAUGGAGUACACGCUGGACCUCCAGGUGGAGGUGGUCACCCAGAAGGGGCACAGCCGCUCCGUCACCAAGCGUGUGCACCUGGUGCGGCCCCUCAGCGAGGUGGAGAUCAUCCCCAUGCCCUAUGUGACAGAGGCCAGCCGCAUCAACGUCAUCCUGCCACUGACAAUCCAUGACCGGGACCACGCUGCCCACUUUUUGGAGACCUAUGCAGCAGCCGCCUUUGAGAACAGUGAGAAUGCAGUGCUCACCUUCCUUUUCAUCUAUGACCCCUUUGAGGCCCAGCAGGUCACCCAGAAUGACAUCUUCGCCUCUGUGAAGGCCCAGAUCACCCAGUACGAGCACAAGUACGCAGAGGUGAAGAUCCCAUGGAUCAGCGUCAAAACGGACGCACCCUCCCAAAUCAAGGUCAUGGACAUCAUCUCCAAGAAGCAUCCCGUGGAUACACUUUUCUUUGUGGCCGGUGUGGGGACAGAGGUCACCAUUGACUUCCUGAACCCCACCACGCUGGACCUGCUGCGGGAUGCGGGGCGCUUCGACCGCGACGUCUUCCACGAAGCCUGCUUCUAUAACGCCGACUACAUGGCAGCACGCACCCAAAUGGCGGGCGACGUGCAGGAGAACGAGGACAUCCUGGAGACUCUGGACAUCUAUGACAUGUUCAUAAAGUACUCCAACCUCCACGUCUUCCGCGCCGUGGAGCCCACCCUGCUGCAGCGCUACCGGCACCAGACCUGCAACCCCCGACUCAGCGAGGAGAUCUACCACCGCUGCAUGCAGAGCAGCCUGGAGGGUGUAGGCUCUCGCUCCCAGCUGGCCAUGGUGCUUUUUGAGCAGGAGCAGGGGAACAGCACCUGA